UGCAUUUAAAUAGCAUCUCGUCCUCCAAAUACAACUGGCACAUGCCCUGCCCUCCUCCCUCGCCUCUUUUUACCUCCCAGCUUGCAGGAAAAACCAAAGAUACCAAUCAGUUCCUUUCCUGCAUCUGUACAUUUCUCUCUGUCUGUGUGCGUGUGAUUUCCAUCCGAUUCCUGAUCGGCGAGCGAGAGGAGAUGGAGGAGAAGCCAGCGAGAUCGACGGUUGGAAAGUUCGUGAUCGAAGCGGAGGAGGCGCAGGCGAUGGCUAAGGAGUCGGGCGUCGCCGCCGUGAGGGAGCUCCUCCCCCUCCUGGUCCCCGCAGCCCAGCGGCUGGCGCGGCCGCCCAUCUCCAACUACCGCGUGGGGGCCGUCGGACUGGGGGCCAGCGGUCGGAUCUUCCUCGGGGUGAACCUCGAGUUCCCCGGCCUGCCGCUACACCACUCCGUCCACGCGGAGCAGUUCCUGAUGGCCAACGCCAACGCCCACGGUGAGCCCAGCAUCCGCUGCGUCGCCGUCUCCUCCGUCCCCUGCGGCCACUGCCGCCAGUUCCUCCAGGAGAUCCGCGGCGCGGCGGAGAUCCAGAUCCUCGUCACCUCCGAUGAGGAUCCCGCCUUCCGUCCCCUCGCCUCCCUCCUCCCCCACCCGUUCGGGCCCCCGGACCUCCUCCACAAGGACGCCCCCCUCCUCCUAGAGCCGCACGACAACGAUUUCGGCGCCCUUGAUGCCACGGGCGUUGCCGUCGGCGGUGGGGGAUUGUGCAAUGGCAUCGGGGGAGGCGGGCUGGAGCGUCGGCUUAGGGAGGCAGCGGAGGGGGCAGCGAGGUCAUCGCACGCGCCGUACAGCGGGUGCGCCGCGGGCUUCGCUGUGGCGGACGGCCGGGGGAGGGUGUACUCGGGGUCCUACGUAGAGUCGGCGGCGUACAACCCGAGCCUGGGACCGGCGCAGGCGGCGAUGGUGGCGUGCCUGGCGGCGGGCGGCGGAGGCGGAGGCGAGGGCGAGGGCGGCGGGUGGGGGAUCGUGGCGGCCGCGCUGGUGGAGAAAGAGACUGCAGCGGUGUCCCACGAGGGGACGGCGAGGAUCUUCCUGGAGGCGGUGGCGCCGGGCGCCCAUCUGAAGGUUUACCGCUUUCGCCCGUCCGCCGCGGUCUAGCUAUAUCAGUGCUUUGGAGAUGAUGACGAUCAUCUAUCCUGAUGCGAUGAAAUAAAUGGUUCAGAUCGUGGGCAACGAGGGAACGAUGUCGAAUCGUCGAUGCGUUGAUGAAAAAAUGUGUGCGCGUGUAUAUGGGUGACCGCCAGAUCAAUUGACCUUGAGACACCCUUGCAGCGAUGAAGCUGAUAGGAGACCAUUCUAAACUUCAAAACCGAGAAGCUAGCUGAGGUGCCAAGGCCUCUCCCACUUCCGUUGACUUCCUGUUGAGUACUGGAAUCUGGAACUUGGAUGUCAGUCAGAUGUGAUUCAAGCUCCGCGAGGCCUGCUCGCCAAACACUAGAAUUUGUGGUGGUACUCCCACGGAACGUUAUCCCCUACGCUGUAGCUUUUUCAGAGUAAGAGACACUGGCAGGAAACUUUUGCUGUUUUUUUUUCUCUCUUAAUUCUAUGCUGUUCUUAAUAAGCUACUACUAAAUUAGUGACGCAGCCCUACGAUGUUCCAUGGGGUAUACAAAGAAGACCACAAUAAACAAUGGUUAUGCCGGUCAUGCAGAUGCGACCGAAAUGGUCGAUUAAUGUUCCAACCUCAACGGUGGUAGCUGCUUAUACCGAUAUUUAAGCAAUUGAAGCUCGACCUUUAGAUUGGCUGGAAGCCGAGCCCGUAAUGGUCCUUCUCCCACGUCCCUUUUUGUUCUAAUUAUAUAAGGCAGUGGUGCGCGAAACUCGAAAGGCCAGCUUCCGUGGAAACAGUAGGUUAAACAAGUCACGGAACAAGGGCGUCGAGUUGGACGAUCGUGCUGCCGAAGUAGACGUAAUGGUCCAUCGGAGAUAUCAGAAAACUGUUAAGGAAAAUUCUCCUCUUGAGAAAAAUUCUUCCUUCUAAACAUGUAUAAAUAUGGAGUAUUGUGAAUUGUUUCAAUCAAUAUAAUCUUCUUCUUUCUAUUUCAUUUC